CAAAUCCGUCUUUACGAGAGACGAGUGUAAUUGUGUUUGAACUUAAAGGAACCCUAGCAUUCUCCUAUUUGCGACCCAAGCGGCCGCCACUCUCAAACCUUGCCUCUGCCUCCUUUCUUUCAUUUUCUUCUUCUUCCAUUCGACCUAAAGCUAAAUCCAAAAACCCAUUCUACCUCUAAUCCGACCCUAGACAGCCGCUACUCUCCUCUGAUGGAAACGACGAAGUGAAAUGGAGACAAAGACAGAAGCGCGUGGAAGAUCAGCGAUGGACGCCGACCAAGGUACCGACAGCGGCGAUUAAGGAAGGGAACGAAGUCGUCGUCGGUGCAAAACUAACGGCGAUGGACGCGGCGGCGGUUCUGGGUAUCACAGGCGUGAGGGUGUUCAAUCAAGGGGAGGAGGAACAAGAAUCGUCGGGGGCUCGGCGCUUUACCGGUGAUAAAGACAGCAGCGACUUAGAACCUCGCCUCUGGUUUCAAACUAGUUUUCAAACCUGUGUUUCUGGGAAGUCCAUUGCUUUUGUGUUUAGAGUGUACUCUAGCAUGAUUUCAAGGUUUUGAGUAAGAGGUGGAAGAAGAAGAAAUAAAAUUAGAAAGGGGAAAGAAGGUGACAGUAUGAAGAAGAGAGUGAGGGAAUGUUUGUCUUUGUUUUUCUAUUUUCUUUUCGGCUUCUCUUUUCUGUUUGGUAUUUUGAGGAAGAGGAGGAAGGAAGUGACAGAGAAGAAAAGGUUCAGGGAAUGUUUUUUUCCUUUCCCCCCUUUUGCCAGAGCUAAAGAGCUCUUUUUAUAGAAAAAAAUCAGAUGUGUUGGCACAAUGUAAUUGGAUUUGAGAGGUGAUAGGGGCCGCCCUCUAUGUUUGUGUAGCUUAUGGAUUGGGUUGAAUCGAACCGGUUUGGUUUGGAUGGUAUAGGCUGAGUUGGGUUAAAAAUUGGGCAGGCAUGUUGACCCGGAUUUGGGCCAGUGUAGAGUGGGCUUGAUGCCAAUUUAUUUUAUUGUACAAUUGUAAUUGGUUUAACCUAAUAGAAAAUUAGUGGUGUAAUUAAUUGUAAUAACGUUUUCAAUUAUUUGGCAUUGUAGCUGUCUUAAUAAGAUUGUUAUGACUCCUAUUUUUUAUUUCGAAA